CGCACUGACAUGCGCUUAUCACAGCUGGACCAAAGCUGGACAUUGUUUAUUAUGUGAUUUUUUAUACGCACUUACGCAGGCAGAAUUAAACAAUUAAAACACACUUUUUCGAAUCCUGGAAUGAACGCAGUGAAUAAAAGUGAAAUUUAUCCUGAAGCUUGACCGUUGACCUCGUGACAGCGUGAUUUCGAUAUGGAUUUGUGAUUCAUACAAAUAAACAGACGCAAAGCAGUCCCGUGACAUCGCUGCUCGCCUUAUUUUGUUGCCAGUCUUGGAAAAACUUUUGGACUGCAGAGGGAAGUUCAUCGACAGGACGAGGAUGGGUUCCCAUACUUCCAAUUAUGGAAUAAUUUUAAUCCUAGCCUUCUGCAACCUCACCCAAGGGCUGGUCUUCUUCCAGCCUGAGCAAAUCCACAUUUCUUAUGGAGAUUCACCAUCUGAAAUGAUAGUAACCUGGAGCACAGUUGACCCCACCGAACACUCUAUUGUUGAGUACGGUAUAGGGGGUCUCAUUUUGAAUACUCAUGGGAGGGCAGAGGUGUUCAUAGACGGGGGCAAAAAGUCUCGAACGCAGUUCAUUCACACUGUCAAACUGAAGGACCUCACCCCUGGAACAACCUACAUGUACCAUUGUGGAAGCAGCAAGGGCUGGUCUGAAAUCUUCACAUUCACAACAAUGAAAGAGGGAACCAACUGGUCACCAAGAUUUGCAGUUUUCGGUGAUAUGGGAAAUGUAAACGCUCAGUCACUGCCUCGAAUUCAGCAGGAAACGCAGAGAGGCCAUUUCGAUGCAAUUCUUCAUGUUGGAGAUUUUGCUUAUGACAUGAACACCGAUAACGCCAAAGUUGGAGACGAAUUCAUGAGACAAAUCCAAUCGAUUGCUGCCUAUGUGCCUUACAUGACUUGCCCUGGAAAUCAUGAGGAAGCUUACAACUUCAGCAACUACCGUGCUCGCUUUUCAAUGCCAUCCUCUCUGGACAGCAUGGUUUACAGUUUUGACAUCGGCCCAGCUCACAUCAUCGGCAUCUCGACCGAAUUCUACUACUUCCUGGAGUACGGCUUUAAGCAGGUGGUGAAGCAGUACGAGUGGCUUGAACAGGACCUUAUCAAGGCAAACAAGAACCGCAAAGAGCGCCCUUGGAUCAUCACCUUUGGCCACCGUCCGAUGUACUGCACCAAUCUGAACAGGGACGACUGCACCAAGCACGAGACCCUGGUCCGUUCAGGCCUGCCUUUCUUGCACUGGUUUUCUUUGGAAGAUCUGUUCUAUGAGCAUGGCGUCGAUUUGGAAAUUUGGGCUCACGAACAUUCUUAUGAGAGGCUUUUCCCAAUUUACGACUACAAGGUCUACAACGGGAGUUACGAGGCACCCUACACCAACUACAAAGCUCCUGUUCAUAUCAUCACAGGAUCAGCCGGCUGCCAAGAGGGUAGGGAACAUUUCACUGGUGACAAACCAGACUGGAGCGCUUUCAGGAGCAACGACUACGGUUAUGCAAGAAUGACUGUCCAAAACAAGACUCAUCUCUAUUUUGAACAAGUAUCCGACGAUAAGAAGGGGGCUGUUUUGGAUAGCUUGUGGCUCAUCAAAGAUCUUCACGGCCCUUACAAAAAUUGAAUCCAGGACAAAGAAGGUACUGUAGUUUUAAGGAAAAAGCAGGGAAAGAUAUCAGCGUAAUAUGACUAAACAGAGAAAAUGAUUCUGAGCUUUACAGUGACAAGGCAGAUGCUGUGAUCAAUAAUUAUUUUCAUAUUUUAUCACACCAGUACUUUCUCAAAUUAUUUUAUAUCAAGAGAAUGUUCAUGCAUUCCAAUUAAUAUCUGUAAUUAAGUUCAAAUUUGUAUGAAUAUAAAUUUAUUUCUGUAUCAAAAUCAUCGACUAGAUAAAAACUUCAAUGAAGGUUAUUUCUUACAA